AUGGCCAGCCCCGACGACCCCAUCUCGCCCACGGCCUCGUCCAAGCGCUCGCGCAGCAAGGACAGUCUCCGCUCCCUCACCACCUCGUCGCUCAACACGCCCGCUGCCAGUACCCCCGCCGCCAGCACUCACAGCCUCACCAACCCUCUCUCUGCCCCCGGCACCCCUACACCAGCCGAAAAUGCGGGCAUCCCAUAUCCCGCUUUCCUUGGCUCUACCAGAGACAUCAAUGCAAAGUGGAAUCGCCUUGAAACGGCUCAGAACGACCGCCUUCGCGAUAACUCACACCCGCCCGAUUCAGAGGAGCCACCCAGGUGGGCACGCUGCGGCGGCGAGGAGUACGCUUUCCGCAACCGCUACGCCAACGUCGACCCAUACCAGUCCAACAGAGUCCAUCUCGCCGUCCCCGAAGGCCACUUUGACUACAUCAACGCCUCGCCCAUAGACCUUGUGACGACCAAGUCCCAAACACCCCUCAAGUACAUCGCAACACAGGGACCCAAGGCUGAGACAUGGUCGCACAUCUGGCGCAUGGUCUGGAAAGAGAAUGAUUCGCCCGCCGUCAUCGUUAUGCUUACCCAGACGUUUGAGGCCUACCGGGAAAAGUGCUACCCCUACUAUCCCCAGUCGCCCUCGAACCCCGACCUGCGUGUCAACGAGCAUGACGAAUUCCAAGACGGCCUGAUCCACAAUCUUCACCUGGCCUCGUAUACCAUUGAUGAAGAGGCGCGUACUCAGGUCCGGGAGAUUGACAUGACGACUGAUGAUGAAUCCGAAUCUAAGAAGGUCUGGCACUUGCUAUUUGCUGGCUGGCCGGACUUUUCCGUGCCAGAAGGAGACGACCGCUCCGCUAUGCUGAGAUUGGUCGAGAUUUCCCGUCUGAAGAACUCUGAUAAUGCUACCAACCCGCGGAUUGUGCAUUGUAGUGCAGGCAUUGGUCGCAGCGGAACUUUUAUCGCCCUGGACUGGCUGACGCAGGAGCUCCAGGAAGGUUCACUAGACGAUGUACCCGAGACCGAGGACCCCGUUGUCAAGAUAGUCGAGAUGCUCAGGGACCAGCGUGCCGGUAUGGUACAGUCCAAGGUGCAAUUUCAGUUCAUAUAUGACGUCCUUCGUGAACAAUGGCGAGAGAAGUGGAUUGCCCAGAACCCUGUUCAGGCAAGCCAAUUAGGCCUUGUCAGCACCGGCAACACGCCUGAUGGUGAGCCUGCACUGAAGCGCGUAAAGUCAGUGCACUAUGGCGAAGACGAACAUACUCCACCAUCCGCAUCCUCGCCUUUAAGCAGUAGUGGUGCAUCCGACUCGCCGGAUGCUCGUGCUCAACUCGAAGCUGAACUCCAGGAUGCAGACAUGGAGUAUGAAAAGGGCAAGACUUAG